AUGUUCUCGGCCUUCGAUGAGAUUUGGAUCGAGUGCGGCGGGCCUGGGGCGCGGCCCGCGCACAGGCGCAUCGCUGUGGCGCUGUCCCCCCAAGGGCAUGAGCACUAUGCGAUGCUCGCAUCCGACUUCGAUGUCUACGUCGAGGAGUGGGGCGCGGGGAACGCAAACCUCCGCAAAUGGUGGGAGGAGUGGGGCCGCGCCGCUGCCCCGCAAGAUGCCGCCAUGCCCCCUGGGCUGCGACGGCGCGACUUUGCCGCCCUUCCGCUGGUCGCCCAGCUUGCGCAAGCCUUCGCGCUCGGAGCCGCGAAGAUGGCGGCGCGCCUCUGGGAGGCGGCAUCGCCGCGGGCGUGCCCGCGGCAGUCGGUGGCGCCGCUGCAGCCCCAGCCGCCCCCGCUCCAGCAGCCGCUGGCGGCGCGGCAGGCGCCCGAGCCGCUGGUGGCGGGCUCGCUGGGACUGCUGCCUUGGAUGCCGCUGUCCGCGCCGCCAGUGGAGACG